UGCAGAUCUCUGGUUUGUAUUAUUUGAGAUAUACUCAGUGUAUUGUGGGAUUCCUCUGUCUUCAGCUGUCUACACCACAGAAGGUGUCCAUCCCAGAGCGACUCAUGGAUGUGGAGUCAGAUGAAGAUCUGAGUCCGGAAGAGAAGGAGACUCGUUCUCGCACCAUAGCAAAGAUAAAAAGCCUACUGUCUAAGUCGAGUGUGAGGUCUAUGGCUGAGUCCAUGGAUGCAGAGCAGAUAGAUUUCAGUGAGCUGGAUAAAGAGCUGCAGCAGCAGGAGAGAAUCAUGAGCUUUCAUCAAGCUCUCGCCACAGAGGCCUCCAUCAAGAGGAACCAGGUCAUAGCCAAAGCCAUGUCUGAGUGCUAAAAAGUGUUGAGAAGCUUUCUUGGGAACCCAAAGAUAAAUUUGUUUGUACCAAAUAUUUAUAAUUCACAUUCAAUCAUUCAGGUUCUCUGAUGUUCAUAACUUUUUAUAUGUGAGAUUGUUUUUAUUCAUUUUACUGGUGAGCACUCUGAAAGUUAAACUUUCAGUUUUACAAUUCUGACAUAAUUGACAAAGUUUUUUAAUUUUGCAUGACGUUUUUUUUUAUCACCAUGUAAUCGU